AUGGGCAUGAGGCAACAUACUAGAGAUAGNAACGAGGACAGCCAAGUCCUGGAGGACAAUGUCAAGCGUUGGUUCUUCGAGCGAUUCCACCUCUUCAAUCACAGCAUCAAAUACACAGGUUUGAAUGGAGCCGUCAGUCCAUCCACGUUGACUUUGGUGAGCACCUUUUCGAAUCUGCAUUCGGUGACGGAAAUUGAUCUCACCGGUUCGUUACCCGGCAAUGACCUGAGAUACUUGGAGAAUGUCCAGAGCCUCCAAUCCCUCAUCCUGGAUUCAUGUUGCCUCAAUGACCACUUCAUCUGCCCUAGUAUACACUCCCUUGGGAUUUUGAGUUUAAACAAAAACAAUCUCGCCAACUUGGACCAGCUUCUCCUUGGCCUUGGACAACGUGCCCCAGGGAUCCAGCACCUUAGCCUUUUGGGAAAUCCUCUUUGCCCUCAUCCAUGUUUUCCUGCCCACAGCUCAAUUCCAACUAAUAAACAAGAACUCAAAAGCCAGCCGGAAUGGAUUCUGGAAAUGGAACUGGACUACCUAAGAUAUCGGCAAUUUGUGAUCUCUCACGGUUCAUUACCGCACCUUCAGUUCUUGGAUGCCCAAGCUGUCAGUAAAAGGGAACGCCAAACCAAUCCAGCUGUGGUGGGCAAAGCAGUGGUAGUGGAAACUUUCCAAUCCCCCAUUGGACCUCAAGGACUCAGUCCUCCUUCUCGUUCUCGUGGAAGGAAUCAAGGCCCCCCAGCUCACCAAGAAUCCUCCAUCCAACCCCCAGGAGGUCUCAGGAAUCUGGUUUGGCAGCUCUGGAACUCCACCAAGUACGAAUGGGGUCUGGUUGACCAUGCGAGUCCACACGGCAAACAAGCGCAACCGACACAAAUCCUGGAGAUGUGCGAAAUCCGAGGCCAGAACCCAAGGAGACACUAUCAAGUGGAGUCCGCUCCGAUUCAUGACCUCAUCCUCUGGGAAGAGGAUGAUGCUCGUGCUCGUCCUUCCACUCAUCCUCUCCCUCGCUCUGACCAACCAAAUGAGGAGCCGGCGAAUAGGGCGUCUAUCAUGGAUGCUCCCUAUGCUCCAGCACUCCAAAAGCCUGGCCGGAGUACUCACAGAAAGGCCGACAACGAGCAAGAAGGAUCGGGAGGAAAGUCAUUCUUUGGCAAGUUGCGGUACCGUUACUCGGGGAAGAACUCCGAAGGCAAUCGCUUCAUCAGAAAUCAUGACCUCUAAAAAACACCUCGGAAACAGCCUUGUGCUGUUGUCGCCUGUGUCACACUGGCCUUCCAUCUUCCCUCUUGACUCGAAUUGAUCCGAAUUGAAGCAUAUUCAGGCAGAGAAUUGAAGCCACUCUCCCUCUUAAAAUGAUCAUCAGACGACUUGACUGAGGUCGGUUAUUAAUGGGCUGACCUUCACCACGAAUCCCUCCCUGGCUCAGGAUAUUAAGAGGAGCAUAAGAAGUUUGUCACUCCUUCCCUUGGGAACACAACUCGCGUUUUUUGAGGGGACGGAGAAGUGAAUGAAAUGAUCCCAGGUCUGAAACUUGACCUGGGAAUGAAUUCAAAACUUUUAAUUCCAUGGUGGUAGAACUCUUCAUGAUAUAAUGAUAAAUAUACGAAACAGUUCCAUUUU